AUGAAUCGAGCCCACCUAUCGAAGUUACAUGUGGCGCCAUCUUUUUGGAAACAAUCGGCAACCAUGUUCAAAAAACCUAAAAGAAAAUUUCGGCAAAGGCUUGUGAAAUUUGAAUCUGAUGAUGAAAACGAAGAAGAGAUGGAUACAGAGGGUACCCCUCCUCGUGUUCAAGUAAAACAAGAACUUAACAAAUCCAUCAAAGAGAAGAAGAAAAAAGAAAAGUCCAAGGCCGUGUUGAGUUUUGACCAUGACGAAGGUGACACUACUUUUCAAGUGAAGAAAUCCACCCAUAGUAAGAAAGUUGCCAAGUUACUGAAGAAGGAGUCACAGCUGGAGAAACAGACUGAGGCAGGUGACAAAGAGGAUAAAACUGCUAACAAAAUUGAUGGUGAUUUAGCCAAUAUCAAAGAAGAAGCAAAAGACCAGCAAGAUAUGGAAGACAGAAUUAAGAAAUUACGUGAAGAUUUCCUGACAAUGAAUGGAGAUGAUGCCGCGGCUCUGGAAGAGGCUGACAGUGAUGAGGAAGGAACAUUCAAGAAAAUGCUUAAACGUGGUGAGAUACCAGAUGCAACAACAAUACAUCAGAUCCGUAAGCAACGUCAGAUGGCCAGAGAUAUGGGAGACUUUCUGCCUUUAGAUGAUACUGUCAAGUUUGAAAAUACCAAAUCCAGACUUGUAAGGGAGGAUGACAAUGAUAAGAGUGAUGAUGAGGAUGAGAGAAUAGAUUUCUCCUCCAACCAACAUGCCAUCGAGAGACAGAAAGUGAAGGAAAACUUCCUACGUGCUGAGCAUGGAAGUGAUGAAGGCAGUGACCAGGAGAGGGAGUGGGAAGAUCAGCAAAUACAGAAAGGUGUUAGUGUUAUUCAGCAGGUACCCUCAAGCCAGGAUCUGUACAGCUAUGAUCAGGACAGCCAGCCAGCUGAUGGUAUGUAUAGUAAUGGUUACCCAGGUACCAGUGGUAGUCAUGGUUACCAAGGUAACAUGAUACCAGUUGCAGAAGGAGGUUUCCCAGACAUGCCUAAGAUGAUGAUGAAAUCAACAGAGGAUGUUACACUUGAAGGACUCAUCAAAAGAUUGAAAGACAGAUUAACAAGUAUGGAUGAGGUUCAUAGGUCACACAAACAGGAAUCGGACAAGUUGGAACAUGAUAUUGAAGAAUCACAGAUGAGCAUUGUUAAUUGUGAAGCCAGUGCACCUAAAUUGGAAGACCGAUUUCGGUUCUUUCAAGAAAUGAGGGGGUAUGUUCGCGACUUGGUUGAAUGUUUGAAUGAAAAGGUACCAGAGAUCAAUGAGCUCGAAACACGCAUGAAUAAUUUACUGAGAAAUCGUUCGAGCAAAUUUGCCAGUCGACGACAACAAGAUAUCCAAGAUCAGUGCCAGUCGUACAUGACAAAUAAGUCGCAGGUUGUUGUAGAUGUUGAUAAUCAAGCUAGGCAGCGCCGGAUUGCUGAAAGGGAAGCUCGAAGGGCACGUAGACGGCGAGCAAGGGAAGGGAAGAAUAUAAUGGGUCAUCAUGAAGGCUUGUCAUCUGAUGAUGAAGAAAAUCAGUCAGAAAUUACUAAAUAUAGCCAGGAAAGAGAUGAGAUAGUUAACCGAGCCUCGGAGCUAUUUGAGGAUGUGAUGGAUGACUUCAGUGAUACAGACUGUGUAAGGGAAAAGUUUAUGAGCUGGAAACAUAAAUAUGGCGACACCUAUAGGGAGGCAUAUAUUGGUCUUUGUCUACCCAAACUUGUUAACCCAUUUGUUAGACUGCAGUUAAUCAGUUGGAAUCCAUUUGAUGAGCGGUGCAAAGAUUUUGAAGAGAUGAGAUGGUUUGACUCUCUACUGUUCUAUGGUUUUGAAGAAGGGGAGACAAUUGAUAAGGAUGAGGAUGACAACAAACUUAUACCAGCUAUCAUAGAUAAAGUUGUUCUGCCAAAACUAUCAUAUUUGGCAGAAAAUGUUUGGGACCCUCUGUCAACAUCUCACACAUGUCGAUUUGUCAAACUUGUUAAAAAGCUACUAAAGGACUAUCCAACAGUCAAUGCAAACAGCAAAAAUACACAAACUUUGUUAAAAUCACUUGUGUUGAGAAUGAAGAAAACAUUGGAUGAUGAUGUGUUUAUGCCCUUAUAUCCCAAAUCAGUAUUAGAAAACAGAAAUGCUGGACCAAGUGUGUUCUUCCACAGACAGUCAUGGACUUGUAUAAAAUUGUUAGGGCAUUUUCUGUCCUGGGAUGGUAUAAUCUCACGGAAGGUAUUACAGGGACUAGCUCUAGAUGGUCUCCUCAAUAGAUAUAUACUUCUCGGUCUACAGACUGCUCCCUUCAACCAGGAAACUCUACUCAAAUGUCAAACUAUUGUUUCCACUUUGCCAAAGCAAUGGUUUGAAGAUUUAAAUGAAGACAAGACAAUUAUGCAGCUAGAAAGUCUGUGUCGGUUUCUUAUGUAUGCUGCACAGUUACUUGACAAAGCAUGUGGCACUGCAUCUGAUUUACAAAGGAAAGAGCUCAAAGAACAGUUGAAACAGAUCAGUAAACUGUUGAUCAACAUACAUGCCCUGGAACACGCCAUGAAACUUUCAGAACUCUACAGUCUUACUGCUAAAUGACAAAUAAUUCAUGAUUGAAUGAAACAGACCAUGAAAUUCUCAUCACUCUGUAUGGUGCUUAUGGCAAAUAAUGGAUGGUUGAACAGAACAUGCCAUGAAUUAUCCAGGCACUGCAGACUUAACAGCAUGUGUAAAUGAUGAUUGAAUGGUACACACACACAAAAGCUGUAGGAACUGUACAGUUUACCGCUUAAUUUCAAAUACCUGAUGAUUGGAUGAAACAUUCCCUUUUUAAGAUGUAAAGACUUCUUGCUACAUCUGUAUGCUGCAGUGGAAAAUGUAAUGAGGAUUUGUUUGUACAAAAUAGCUGCUGAUUGACUGAAACAUAGUAAUUGAAUGGAGAACACCUUAAAUUUAUUAAGAGUUGUAAAGUGUUACUUCUUAAUGACAGAUAAGAUAUGGUUAUUUAAUGAAUCUUCCAAAACUGUUCCAAAAAAGUAAUAGACAGUGGUAAACUGCUAAGGAAAUAAUUUACUGAUUUUUAUGCCCCCAAAGGCAUUUAUCAAGGGAUUUGAAAAGAAUUUGACAAAAAUGUUAACUGUGUGUGGUCCAUAACUGCCAUCCAUGAAGGGAUUUUGAAAUAACUUGGCAUAAGUGUUUACCAUAAUGAGACGACAUGUCUUGUGCAAGACCCAGACCCCUAGUUCCAAGGUCAAGGUCACACUUAGAAGUCAAAGGUUAACAGGGUCUGUUUCGUGUCCGGUUCAUAACUCUGCCAUUCAUCAAGGGAUUUUAAAAUUACUUGGCAUAAAUGUUCCCAGAUCCUUAGCUCUACGGUCACGGUCACACUUAGAGGUUAAAGGCUAACAUGGUCAGUUUCUUGUCAGGUCCAUAACUCUGCCAUCGAUGAAGAAAUUUUAAAAUUAUUUGGCAUAAAUGUUCCUUAUAUUCAGAUGACAUGUCUUGUGCAAGACCCAAACCCCUAGCUCCAAGAUCAAGAUCACACUAAGGAGUCAAAGGUGUUUUUUGUCAACUCUAUAAUCUGCCAUUUAUCAAGGGAUUUGAAAAUAAUUUGGCACAAAUGUUGACCAUAUUUAGAAAGUGUGUUGCGCUUAUGACCUGGGUCUCGAGUCAAGGUCACGAAAUGAUGUGUGAUUUUUUUGCGUAGACAACUAUAGCAUUAUUGCGAUGCUUCAGGGGCUUUUGUCAGUAAUAGUGACAGGUCUUCUCUUUUUUUGCUGUUUUUUUACAGCUGAAUGCAGGCUGUUUCCCCUAGCCAAAAUUGGCCAUAUUUCCCCUAAAAUUGUUCUAAUUUCCCUUAAGGCAGGUCAUAUUUUCCCCUUGGAAUUUAAAGAAAAUGUUCCAUAGUAUGCAUAGUGAAUGAUUGUACCAAAGCCAGCAUUUAUAUUUUUCAACACCAAUUACCCCCAUGUUACUUCAAAUUUACAACUCGUGCAGCUGUUAUGGACUGAUAUUUAUGUCACACUAUGUUUACUUCUCAUCAGGUGCCAAGUUCAUAAGGACAUUGGCAUCAGUUCUUGUAAAUAGAUACUGUGCCUGUUACCAUGAAAAUCAAAUUAUUUUGAUUUUCCCCUUUUUGGGGGUUUAUUGCACCAUAUUUUCCCCUUCAGAAAGCCACAGGUUGUUUUAGAAAAUAAAAAAAAAUCACUGUUAA